AUGGCUUCAAAUUUCCCAAAACUUCCAGGCUUUGUGCCAACCCAUGAUCCUACACUAGUGAGUCACAAGAAGAUUUCACACAAAAAGCUAGAGCAGAUCUAGAAUGGAAAGAAUAUAGCAGUUCCCCUUUACAGCUUACCCCGCGGCCCCACAUCUACUCUCUCUGGAGGCAAACCUGAAGAGAGCAAGAGUUUCAGUCAAAGCAUCUAUAAGAACCAUUUCGGAGGCGACAUUAAAGAGCAAUAUGAACCCACAUUCGUCAAGCUCGAUAAGCAGGUACUAAGAUUUUACGGUUAUUUCAAGGAGAGCGUCGUAGAGAGCAGACUGGAAAACUACAGAAUAAGAAAACUCAUCGUUAUGUACUACCUUGAAGAUCAUUCCCUCAUGAUUAAUGAGCCAAAGGAAGUCAACAGUGGAACUCCUCAAGGAGUGUUUUUGAAGAGGCAGAUGGUGCUAAAGCAAGACGGCUCUAACACCCCACUUCUCCCAACUGAUUUCAGAGUUGGACUUGACGUCGGAAUUUUGGGCAGAUCGAUUAGAAUUUUCGAUGCAGAUCAAUACACCAGAGAGUUCUUUGAUAACAUUGGUCAACCUCAACCAGACGCUCAAUAAUUGCCAGUAGACAGCUUUGCAAAGCAACAAAUCAAGGUUCCAACCAAGAAGGAUACAGAAAUGAAGGAGUUCUUGGAAAAAGCUCUAGGAGGAGGAAGAGUUACCUCGCAAAAGCAAUUCUUAGAUAAUGACAGAAAAGUAUUGAGAUUCUUUGUAAAGUGUGACGAUCUUCCAUUCAUCAUUCAUUACUAUCUUGCCGAUGAUACCUGUGAAAUAAGAGAAGUCCAUCACCCCAAUGAUGGUAGAGAUUCAUUUGCUCUCCUCUUGAAGAGACAAAAACUUCCACAAAACUUUGCUGUAAAUCAACCAGGACAAAACUUUAUUGGAGAUAAUUAUUUGACUUGCGAUGAAAUUGAGCCAAAGGGAACCAUUGAUGCCUUCGGCAGACAAUUCAGAAUCACCGGAGUCGAUCAAUUCACCAAGGAAUUCUAUCAGCAAAAGUACAACAAGUUCUUUGAUUUAGGUGAAAUCGAAUACCCAAAGCCAAGAGAGCCAAAGCCAAUUUAAAUUCCACCCCACAAUGGAUUCGGAGACGAAACUGAUUCACUAGGAUACGUUUUCAAGCUUCUUCCCAAUCAACCAAAGAGAGACUUCUUCAAGUACGUCGAUAAUGACAAAAAGGUCCUCAGAUUCACUGCUAGAUUCAACACUAGAACUCCAGAGGACACCGACAGAAGAUUCAUCAUUUCAUUCUUCUUGUCAGAUGAUACCAUUUCAAUUUUCGAGCCAGCCCAAAAGAACUCAGGUAUUAUUGAGGGUAAAUUCUUAGAAAGAAGAAAGUAUAAGAAUGCUGACAAAAACAAUGAUUUCAUCACACCCACAGACAUUGCCAUCGGAGGAGACGUCAAGAUUAACGGACACAAUUUUCAUAUUUUGUCCUGUGAUGAUUACACACAAAAAUACCUAGAACAAUAUACUUACUGA